AGCCACCAAAAAUGGGCUAACGCCUAUAACAACUUUGGAUCCACCAGCUCCCGAAAAUAUUUUAAAGCUAAUUGCCUGCAAGUGCAAGAAAGGUUGCCGCAAGACUUGUGGGUGCCGUAAAAAUGGCUUACGAUGCACCAUUCUCUGUCAGAUGUGCAAUCAAUCCUGCGAUAAUUUUCAAAUGGAAGAUACCCUACAAGGAGAGGAAGA